CCCAGAGCAGCGCGGUGCAGAGGACGCAGCACGAAGCAAAGCACAGCGAUCCCAGGCAGAGCCGAGCAGGUCUGCAGGCUGGGAUUUGAACAAUGGCCAGUGGAACACCUGUCCAGGCGACUGCAAUGAAGACUUGCGUGUUUCUGCAUUUGCUGGUGUUUGCAGCGGAAUCUGCGAAGGAGGGCAGUUUAUACAUGUGGAUCGAUUCGAACCAAGCCAGAACCCUCAUAGGCUUUGAGGAAGACAUUUUAAUUGUGUCUGAAGGGAAAAUGGCCCCUUUUACUCAUGACUUCAGAAAAGCGCAGCAGAGGAUGCCAGCUAUUCCUGUCAAUAUUCAGCACAUGAAUUUCACCUGGCAAGCGACAGCGCAGGCGGAGUAUUUCUAUGAGUUCCAGGCAUUAAGGUCGCUAGACAAGGAUGUGAUGGGGGACCCCACUGUCAAUGUGCCGCUGCUGGGGAUGGUUUCACACAAACCCUCAGUGGUUCAGAUUGGUUUCCCCUGCCUUGGAAAUCAGGAUGGAGUGGCUGCGUUUGAAGUCACUGUUCUUGUAAUGGACGCAGAAGGCAACAUUAUUCUUCGGACUCCCCACAAUGCUAUUUUCUUCAAAACUUGUCAAAGAGCGAAAUGCCCUGGGGGAUGUCGGAACGCAGGCUUCUGCAAUGACAGGCAGGUGUGCGACUGCAUAGAUGGGUUCUAUGGCCCCCAUUGUGAGAAAGCUCUUUGUGCACCCCGGUGUCUGAACGGAGGGCUGUGUGUCAGCCCCGGAAUGUGUAUAUGUCCUCCCGGUUACUAUGGCAUCAACUGUGGCAAGGCAAACUGCACCACAGUCUGUCACAACGGUGGGACCUGCUUUCACCCGGGGAAGUGCUUCUGCCCUGCAGGGUUCGAGGGCCCUCACUGUGAAAUUGGCAAGUGCCGUCAGCCUUGUAGGAAUGGAGGGAAGUGCACUGGGAGAAACAAAUGCAAGUGUCCUAAAGGAUUUCUGGGGGAUCUGUGUUCAAAGGCUGUCUGUGACCCGGGCUGCGGGGCGCACGGAACCUGCGUGGAACCAAACAAAUGCCACUGCAAAGACGGCUGGCAUGGAAGACACUGUAACAAAAGGUACCGAGGCAGUGUAAUGAGCGCCCUGAGGACAACCAGCACCAAGCACAAAGUGCACACGCCUUCUCUGAAAGAGGCUGACGAGGGCAAGAACCCACCCGAGACCAAUUACAUCUUGUGAGCGCACACUCCGGAACUCUCCGUUUACUUCUUCCACGCAGGUGCCUUCGCGGAGCGACUGCGUCAGAUCCAUUUCCCUGAUUACCAGGGUCUGAAGGCCGGGUUUUCUUAACUUUUCUAUAAACCACUGACCAGUUAAGAAAUGUUCCUUCGUGGUUUUUGUUUCAUUAAUAUUGUCAGAAUGGUAAGCUAUGUAAUGACGCCCUGUUGAUAUUUUACAGAUGUGUUUUCCAUUUCUAACUGUUCAUUUAUCUGUGCAACCAUGUUUGUUAUCCAAUAUCCGUGAGGCGUGGGAGAAGCGUUUUCAAAAAUUCAGCAGAAUUACAUCUUGUGUUUAAAAACGUACAGGCCAUUUGUCACAAACUCAUAAGCAUUUUUUGAUGUUUUUUAACGAGUAAUGUCAUAUAACUCAGGAUUUAAAACUAUUUGAAUAAGCCCACAUAUUACAAAAAAUCCUAAACAUUCAGUACUGUUUUGUUUGUAAUUAAAUACCCAUGUAUAGGGGUCUGAAAGCAGAGCACUCUUCUGCUGAGCACUGAGUACUUCUCUUGGUUUGUUUCUUGCUGUCUACAUGUGCACAGCAUGGCUGCGAGAGAGCGCUUCUUUCUGAAUAUGGCAUUCAGCUAAAGAGUUUGAAAAAUGACCACCCAAGCAAUGGAAUCCCGUUGGAAAGGGUAGUGCAGGGAUACAGGAGAUGACAACAGUAAGCAAUGCGUUUCUUCUAAACCCUACCCCUGUUUAAUAACACUGAAAAGAUGCUUGCUUUUUCUUUUCUUUACUAAAUAUUGCUUUUGAAGUUAAUAUAACAUAAUUUUUCAGUUUGAUGUUUAAUUUUUUUUUAAUAUAAAUAUGAUUUAAUAACAUUUUUCCUUUUAGCGAGAACACAUUAAAAUUAAACGUACUUAGACUUGAAACAUACAAGUUUGAGGAUUUUAGUUCUUGUUACUUUUUAUUUGCCAUUACAAAAUGGUAAUGAUGAUUCUUACAUGAGCACUGUUGUGUUGAAACUGCAUACUAUACUGUACACCAAAAAAAUGCAUUUCUUUUAUUUUCUUUCAUAUAUGUGCACAGGUAUGUAUUAAAAUGAAAUGUUGCUAUGCCUCAUAUGCCUGUGCUGUCUUUGCUCCGAACGUUUUUAAAUCACAAAUCAUGA